UACAGAUACAUCACACAUCAUUAUUUCUUAUUUUCUUAGCUUUGAAAUUGUAGUAUAUAGAAGGAAGAGUUCCUCUCCAGCUUCACCCGGCGAUAUACGGAGAGAAAAAACUAGAUAGAAAUAACUAGAGAGAGAAAGAGAUGUCUUCGUUCGAUACAUACAGCCACGACGGUGAAGAAUCGAAUAUGGCCCCAGCGCGCUCCUUUGACGACGAUAGCUACAUCGGCUACGACUCUCAGCGAUUCGACGAAUCCUACUUUGGUGCCUCCGAUGAGGGCCACUACACUGCCGCCUCCGAUCCGCCUCCGUACCACGGCGGCGGAUUCACGGUGGAUGAGGAGGUCGUCGUAGAUCACGUCUCUCACUCCGUUCAAAGUCCUGAAACCUACGCCUUCGGCUCAGAUCCGGAUCCUAACUACUCGCAGUCUUCUCCGUUCACUUCGGUCCCUAUAUCGAACGGUAACGGCAAGGCGUACGAUAUCGGUGAAGACGCCGACGGUUUCUUCUCCUCCGACGGGCCCAUGCUACCGCCUCCGACUGAAAUGCAGCCAGAGGAAGGUUUUGCUAUUCGCGAGUGGCGGCGUCAAAACGCCAUUCUGCUUGAGGAGAAGGAGAAGAGGGAGAAGGAAAUGCGUAACCAGAUUAUAGAAGAUGCAGAAGAGUAUAAACGAGCUUUCUAUGAGAAGAGAAAGCUUAAUAUUGAGACUAACAAGACUAACACCAGAGAAAAAGAAAAGUUAUUCUUGGCGAAUCAAGAAAAAUUCCAUAAAGAUGCUGAUAAACAAUACUGGAAAGCAAUAGCAGAGCUCAUUCCUCAUGAGGUUCCCAACAUUGAGAAAAAGAGAGGAAAGAAGGAUCAAGACAAAAAACCAUCUAUCACAGUUGUCCAGGGCCCCAAACCCGGGAAACCCACGGAGCUCUCGAGGAUGCGGCAGAUACUCGUGAAGCUGAAGCACAAACCUCCACCUCACAUGUUACCACCCCCGCCUGCCCCUGCUAAGGAUGCCAAAGACGCGAAGGCUAAGGAUGCCAAAAAUGGGACGGAUGCUAAAGAUGAAAAAGAUGUCAAAAAUGGAAAAAUAGCUGCACCAAAUACAACUGGAACUGUAGCAGGUGAGGUUCCUGCUUCUCCUGCCACAGAUGCCAACUCCAAUGGGUCACCGCACACUUCAAAACAAGAACAUUCUGCCAUAGUUGAUCCCCAACCUGCAGCAGAACCCGAGUUAGCUUCAACAGACUGAUCACGUACAUGCACUUGAAAUUCCAAUUUCGUUUCUGUUUGUUUUAUUUUCUCACAUGCCUAAUCUGUUAUGUUUGCCAUUUGGUCCCGCCUAUUACCAGAGAUUAGAAUCUGAGUAUAAUUUGUUUCAUUGUUUGUUGGUCAAAUCACGGAAUUCUGUUUUUGCAUUGCUUUGAGAUAUUAUGUGGCCUGAAAUUUUAAGUUGUCACUGCUUCAUAUUGCUUCCGAAAUUAUAGUGUCUUGUUUACAUUGA